GCCCCGCCGACGCCGGCCGAAGACUCCGGAGUUGGCGGUCUCUCUCGCACUCUCCGUCUCGCCCAACGCUCCGUCUCACUCUUCCUCUCCGGUUUUCGUCACUCGCCAUCGCAAUAGCCGCAGCUAGGUGGUACACUGCAGUCAUCGGCUUACCGAAUCGCCGGUCGUCCGGGAAAACUGUUGCGCUCACCGCUGUGUUGCCGCCGAAAUAGUUCAAAAUGAGUGGUUCUGGAAAAAGUCUCCUUGGUCUUUGGCUUUACCGAACUGGAGAAGAUUGGACUCUGAGAGAGGCAUCUCAAACAGCUCCGAGACCUACAGUGAGUGGUCGACCAGAUCAGACAAAAUUUGAUACAAAGAACUCUGUAAUAUUCUCAUUGAAAAAUCGAGUCGGUGGACUUGCUCAAGCACUUCAAGUUUUUCAAGAUUUAGGUGUAAAUGUGUUGCACAUUGAAUCUAGACCAUCUCGCCGUAGAGAAUCGGAAUUCGAAAUUCUGGUAGACGUGGAGUGUGACAAUAAAAAAAUGGAGCAGUUGACUGGGAUGUUGAAGCGUGAGGUUGCAGCUAUAAAUUUAGCAACGUACGAGAGUGGUGCCGAAGUGCCACCUCCUACUCCGAUGUCAGCUACGGCUAGUUUUGAUUUUUCAGAGUUUGAGCUUCCGUGGUUUCCGAAAAAAAUUUCUGAUUUGGACAAAGCUCAACGAGUACUGAUGUAUGGAACAGAGUUAGAUGCUGACCAUCCAGGAUUUAAAGAUCCGGUGUAUCGAAAAAGGCGUGUAGAAUUCGCACACAUAGCGAACUCUUAUAAAUAUGGACAUCCAAUACCAAGAGUUCAGUACACGCCUGAAGAAAUCAAGACUUGGGGAACUGUGAUGCGUGAACUGCACAAACUGUACGUGAAACACGCGUGCAGGGAAUACUUGGAGAACUGGCCGGAUCUAGUGAAGUACUGUGGUUAUCGAGAGGACAACAUUCCGCAGUUACAAGACGUAAAUACAUUUUUGAAACGCAAAACAGGCUUUCAAUUGCGACCGGUGGCCGGGUACUUGUCCCCAAGGGAUUUCCUCUCCGGGCUGGCAUUCCGCGUAUUCCAUUGCACGCAGUACAUGCGGCAUUCGUCGGAUCCGUUUUACACACCGGAACCAGAUUGUUGUCACGAGCUGUUGGGACACAUGCCGCUAUUGGCCAAUCCCACAUUCGCACAGUUCUCGCAAGAACUGGGACUCAAUUCGCUGGGAGCCAGUGACGAGGACGUUGAAAAGUUGGCGACGCUGUACUUCUUCACCGUGGAAUUCGGAAUGUGCAAACAAGAUGGCGAACUGAAAGUUUACGGAGCUGGGUUGUUAAGCUCGGUGGCAGAGUUACGGCAUGCGAUUGAAACCAACGAUAAACUACAGCGAUUCGAUCCCGAAGUUACGUGUCACCAAGAAUGCAUCAUAACGUCGUACCAAAACGCCUAUUAUUACAGUGAGACAUUUGAGGAAGCUAAGGAAAAAAUGAGGGAGUUCGCCGACAGCAUUCAAAAACCGUUUGGGGUGCGUUACAACCCAUACACGCAGAGCGUGGAAAUCUUGAGCAAUACGGACAAGAUCGUGGCUCUAGUGUCGGAACUCAGAGGUGACUUGUGCAUUGUAAGCAAUGCACUGAGGAAAAUCCACGCCGAAGACGAAGCGGUGGAGAACAUCAAUAACAUGUUGCACAAAGGAAUGAACGUGAGCGGAGUUUCGCCGGAAAAGUCUCCCGAGAAGUAACGGAGUCCGGAGGAAUAUCGGAGGACCGUAGAUUGAGAUUACUCUUGCAAAUUAGUCAGUUAUUUAAAAAAUAAAACAAACAAACAAAAAACACUAAUCGACGGUAUAAGACACGCUACUAUAAAAAUAUUAUGUCAACUUUAAUCGUAAUAUAGUCGUAGUGAGCGAUUAGAAACGCUAAAUUAUAAGUCACAUCGGUAGUAUAAUAUUAUAUUAUUACAUUAUAUUUCUAGUCGAUUCUGCAAUUUUCGUCCCUGACAUGAAAUAUUUAUGCGGUGUAAAUGGAAUAGUUACUUGACUUUAUUUCUUAGACACCUCGAGCUGUGCGUGUAUUAAAAUCAACCGACCGCUUGUUACGCUUAU